AUGGUUUACUCUUUUCUUUCUGUUGAUCUAAUUUACUUACAACUUCAAAGCAAAAAAAAAAACAUUAUCGAUAAUCCAGUAUUUUAUCUAAAUGAAUUUAAUUUUGUUUAUAAGCUUCAUAGUGAAUUAUAUCUAGAAAAUAGACAAAAGGCAGCAUCUAUCGCACAAAAUAAUAGAAUUAGAAAAAUAAUAAAUGAAAUUAUUCAAGAAAUUACAAGAAAAAAGAGAUUUGUUGUAGUUAGACAUGAUAUAACAACAAAUAUUCUUCCAAAUACUGAUAUAAAAAUUGUCCUUACAGCUAAUCUAAUUACACGUAUUAAUAGAAGAUGUGAUGAAACUAAAAGCACAGCUACUGAAAUUACUCGCAAUAUUUUAUUUAGAGAUGAAAAAUUAUACAAAUUUAUUGAAGAUGCAAUUAAAGUUUCAACAUCUAUCGACACUACAUAUUUAUCAAUUAACCAA